CCUCGCAUCCCCUCCUACCCCCCAAGCCUAGGAACACGUGGAGCCCCCCAGCCAGCUAGCCCUGAGGUCAACAGCAGAGUCGCAAUCUUCUUGAUCUUACAGUACUUCUCCCUGCGUUCAUAGCUACUCUACUAACAGAAAAUGGCCUCCCCCCUCAAGGUAUGUGUAACUGGUGCAGCUGGCCAGAUUGCCUACUCCCUCCUCUACUCCAUUGCCAAUGGUGAUGUGUUUGGAAAGGACCAGCCUAUUAUUCUGACCCUGCUGGACAUCACUCCUAUGAUGGGCAGUGUUAACGGCGUUGUGCUGGAGCUGCAGGACUGUGCCCUCACCCUACUCAGAGAUGUGAUCCCCACUGAUAACCCCCAGGUGGCCUUCCAGGAUGCUGACGUGGCAGUGCUAGUGGGAGCCAUGCCACGACGGGAGGGUAUGGAGAGGAAGGACCUACUCAAGGCCAACGCUAAGAUCUUCGAGACUCAGGGAAAGGCUCUCGAUGCAGUAGCCAAGAAAACUGUCAAGGUGCUGGUUGUGGGUAACCCUGCCAACACCAACGCCUUGCUGUGUGCCACGUCAGCACCUUCCAUCCCUAAGGAGAACUUCACUUGCCUUACACGACUCGACCUCAACAGAGCACAAGGACAGAUUGCUAUGAGGGUUGGCACUACGACUGACAACGUGCACAACGUGAUCAUCUGGGGUAACCACUCAUCUACUCAGUUCCCAGAUGUUGCUCAUGCCUACGUCACUAAGGAUGGGGGAAAAACUCCCGUGUACGAGGCAGUCAACAACGACGCCUGGCUCAAGGGAGAGUUUAUCACUACUAUCCAGAAGAGAGGAGCUGCCAUCAUAGCUGCUCGCAAGCUCUCCAGUGCCAUGUCGGCUGCCAAGGCCAUCUGUGACCACCUCAGAAACUGGUGGUUUGGAACACCUGAGGGUGAGUGGGUGUCCAUGGGAGUGUACACUAAUACCACCACGUACGGGAUCUCAGAGGGUGUGGUCUACUCAUUCCCUGUCACCAUCAAGCCCGGCGGAGAAUGGAAGAUCGUCGAGGGGUUGACAAUAUCUGACUUUGCUCGUGAGAAGAUGGACAUCACUGCUAAAGAGCUUCAGGAUGAGAAGGACACAGCUCUGCAGUUCCUGAGUGCCAAUCUGUAGUGUGUCAACUCUCUUAGGGACAACACUUAGAGCUUGUGUAAUUAAUAAUUAUAUGUUAUAAUAAUUAUAAUUAUAACUGUUGAUGUAAGAGAUGGUUGAUGUAUCGGUUGGUGUACUAGAUCUAGUAGUUUUUUUGUCAUUGAGAUUGUACAUUGUUGAUUGUUUUGUAUAAGCUCUUACGUAAAACA